AUGAUGAAACAGAUAUUUGGACGGCGCAAGGCGUCCAAAACCGCAGACAAGGAGUUCGCUGGCGGGAGGACGUUCAACCAGCUGUUGGGGUCUGGAGCUGCUGACCUGAGUGGCCAGCCGCCGUUUCUGUCGGGUACUGGGAACACCUAUGGGAGUGGAAACCGUACCGGGUUCCAAGACUCGAGGAUAAAUGAUGCUUUGUUCUCUUCCACCUUCCGGCCGUUGCCGAGCUUUAAGGAUGUGCCUAAUACAGAGAAACAGAAUCUGCUCAUAAAAAAGCUGAACAUGUGCUGCACUCUGUUUGACUUCACAGAUGCGGCAAAGAACAUAAAGGAGAAGGAAAUAAAGACCCUAAUGUUGUUGGAGAUAGAUGAGUAUGUCAGGACUGCUACCGUGAAGUUCCCUGAGAUUGUUGUGGAGGCAAUCACAAAAAUGAUCUCAGUGAACUUGUUCAGGACACUAAUUUCCCCACCCAGGGAGAAGAAGGUGCUUCAAGCUUUUGAUCUAGAAGAGGAUGAACCAUUGAUGGACCCUGCGUGGCCACACUUGUACCAUGUGUAUGAGUUGCUCUUGACAUUUGUUCAGUCUCCAGAAAAUGAUGCUAAACUGGCUAAGAGAUAUAUUGACAAUUCCUUUAUUCUAAGGCUGCUUGAGCUCUUUGACUCCGAGGAUGCUAGGGAGAGGGAUCGCCUUAAGACGAUUCUUCACCGUAUCUAUGGGAAGUUCAUGGUGUAUCGGCCAUUUAUCCGGAAAGCUAUCAAUAACAUAUUCUACCAGUUCAUAUAUGAAACUGAAAAGCACAAUGGAAUUGCAGAGCUCUUGGAGAUUUUUGGAAGUAUCAUCAAUGGGUUUGCUUUGCCACUCAAGGAAGAGCACAAACUGUUCCUUGUAAGGACCUUAAUCCCACUUCACAAGCCAAGGUGCACUACAGUGUACCAUCGACAGUUGUCUUACUGCAUUACACAGUUUGUUGAGAAAGAUUGCAAGCUUGCGGAUACUGUUAUUAGGGGCCUCAUAAAAUAUUGGCCGAUCACCAACAGCACAAAGGAGGUACUGUUCUUGGGUGAGUUGGAAGAGAUACUAGAUGCAACACAGCCUGCCGAGUUUCAAAAAUGUAUGGUUCCUCUUUCUCACCAGAUCGCUCGCUGCUUGAACAGCUCUCACUUCCAGGUUGCUGAGAGAGUAUUGUUUUUCUGGAACAAUUCCCACUUCGAGAAUUUCGUUAAGCAAAACAGUAAGGUGAUCCUGCCUAUCAUCUUCCCUGCAUUGGAGAAAAAUAUAAAUGGGCACUGGAAUCAAGUCGUGCAAAGCCUUAGUCUGAAUGUACGGAAGUUAUUCUCUGAUCGCGACCCUCAGUUGUUUACUGAAUGCUUGCGGAAAUAUGAGGAAGACAAAGACAGAGAGAAGGAAUUUAAACUGAAGCAAGAGUUGGCAUGGAAACGUCUAGAUGAGAUUGCAUCGGCAAAGGUCCUUGCAGAGUCGUUAGACAUUGUACAGGAUUGGGUUGUAGAUAAAAAGGGGGUAUAUGAAGCCACCAAGGCAGGUGUGCGAAACUGA